UACCCUCAGUUUCCUCACAUCCACAUGGUUCCCACUGAUCGUUGAAACCCCUGGCCUUCUUGAAAAUCCUUGGUACAAAAAAUCCUCGAUUUUGUAUCUUUUUCUUAUUCUCACGGAGGUGAAGUGCAGAGUGAAAGAAUAGUUUUGAAACCACAGGUAUUCGCAUUCAUUGCAAUAGGAAUCAGCAGGCGGAAGCCAGUAGUGCAAGAAAUGAACGGCGCCCCAUCGUUGUAUUCAUGAACGUUCCCUUCUAUCCUAUCAUCUUUAGCAUUCAGGAGUUGUCAAUCACUAUUGUGCAGUCCCCAUGCAUAAUUCUCUCGUGUGAUACCUAUAGGUGUUGAAGAUGUUGAAGAUACUUGUAGAUGCUGAAGCCCUUGUCAUAUACUGUAUCUUACACCCCAGCCAAAACGAUGACUAAGCCAUAAAUGGCUCUUGAAAGACCAUCGAAUUUUUGUUCUAAAAUUCAGUGGGAACCAUGCGUCCACCAAUACGAUACAAUACAUUACAUAAGGUGAAGAGCCUUUGUUAGGCACAUGCUGUGUAGGUGACAGUGAUGUGCACUUCUUUUGACUCCCACCAGAAACAUGGUAAGUGUCUUGCAACUACAUGCACACCAUUUUUUGUUUAUUUAUACAGAUAGGAGUCACAUCUUGUUGAUCCGUGUUUUCCUGUAUUGCAUAGGACACAGGGCAAUGCUGUGGUGUCAACAAGCUUCAAUAUGUGCCUCAACACCUUGUUCGGAUUGUGCAUCCUACCUGCAGUGCUGAUCGCCAUGGCAUUUUUUUUCAUAAGCUGGAACAGCAAAUUUACCUACUUUUCUGAGCUAACCCAAGACCCUGGUGAGACCGACGCAGAUUCGCGCAGAAGUGACCACCGCAUCGGGACAGAAAACACAUCAUCCAGCACUGGAGGAGGCCAAAUUCUACGCGAUGCUGUUAGCGGAAGAAGUGUAGCCCUCGCGGUGGAAUGGGCAACAUCGGUGGGAGGCGACGUACCCCGGAAAUCGGUGGCGGUGGGCUUCUACAACGGGUCUGCGUACCUAGCAGGUCGGACAUUGCACGAACAAGAGCCUUGUCUGGUUGUACAGGAGCCCAGACCACUGUGCUUUUUCUUGGGACGUCAGACGUCCUUUCAACCUGCACUUCGCUUUCAAUACCUGGUUGAGACGGACGGCCACAUUUUCACUUGGGAAGACCCUGCACAAGGGAGGGCACUGCAUGCUUCCUUAAGUGAUAUCACCUUUGGCAGAUCUACAGCAGCGCACAUGUUCCUAAGGGGUGGCCUGGUACAUAAAUCUGUGCUCUACACUUUCGAAGGCUCACAAGUGGGCUUGCCCCACGAGCUCUUAUCCAAGGUGUCAGAGGCAUAUCCGCACGAGCGUUGGCGAGGUACGCAUCGAGGUAUGUCUCUUCGUGACGGAGUUCGUGCUGGCAGGUUCGCUUUCGUUGGCAGAGCUGUUCUCCCGGGCAGAUGGCUUGUGCCGUGUGCUGUGGACGUGUGGAGCUGCGUGAUGCUUGACCCAGUUGAUCGGAACCCCCGUGCUUUGUACAGUUUCGAGUACCUCGCCCGUUCCAGGGGCACAACCUAUGACUGGCAGUCGUACUACCUGAGUGCCGCGCCUCCCCACAACGCCGUGGUUGCAGGUAGAUCACCCGAUGGAUCGCCCCUCUGGAUCGGACGAAGCCUUGCAAGCAAUGGUACACUAGCUGUGGGUUACAUCCGUGAUGACGGGCCAGCUCACUUCCUGGCGGUUGACGUGGAACGCAGAGUGUGCGUGUUCAUCACAGACGACAUCCAGCGGCACAGCUGCAAGAUAUUCCAAAGCAGACGACAGGAAAAGAUGCAGAUCGUCUGCUUGGUGCGCACUACGCCACUCCAGAUCUUCCAGCUCUGUACAAGCGCUCGACGUAGCACGCAGCGGAACUUCCCCAUGAGUGUUUUUUUGCCUUUUCUUCUACUAGAUUAUUCAAUGGGGAUGUUGCUUGUGUGAAUACACAGUGUAGGUGGUGGCGCAACAAAAUUUUGUUCUACAAUAGUUGUUCUACAAUCAAACUGUCCAACUUAACGGGGGUUAUGUUGCAUGAUUGCGCGUGGCACCCGUAGCUUCUGUAACGGUGAAUAACCAGAGAUCAUUAAAAUGCCAUGCCUGAAUUCCACAUCCUAGUCGACACCAAUUUUGUACCUGCCAGCACGACCGUACAGAGGUUCAGACAUACUUAGGGGCAAAACACUCAACUGUUGAUUCAAGCUUGUGCUUGUCUGUGGCACCCAGCUGGCAGCACUGCUGCUGGCAAAACUGCUGGCUGGUAUAAGACUAAUAUAGGCAAUGUGACCAUAGGUCCUAUAUUCCACAAUGUUCCAGAAACUACUGCUCUGCAUAAGAGUAUGCCCUGUACAUCACAUCUCAUGCUCAAAAUGCAUGGGCAGCAAUACUCAGAAAAUCACUCUGUCUUUCACGUUAUUUCAUUAGAAAACAAAACAAAACAAAAAAACAAGGAAAUCAGCGAACAUGAUAAAUUAGUUGUCCAUCCCCGUGUGAGGUAAUAUGGUUCAAGAGGACGCCGUGUCGCAAAAGUGCAAUCGUUGGCAUACCACGAGAGGUGCAGGUCCAUGUCCUGAUGCUCAAACACAAUGGCCUCUUGAUGAACUAGCCCAAUUAUAAUAGUGAGAGACAGAUAUAAACCUCAUCAUCAUCACAAUAAAGCUCGCUUUUCGAAUAAACCUAACACCUGGUGGAGAUGAGGGGCAUCGAUCCACGUACCUCUGAACACCCCCGUACACCCCGUAUCACACCUCGUACCUGUACCGUACGCAUCAUUCCUAUUGCUUGUUGUCAUAUCGACGGAAAAUAAUGUCAAAAUCUGCUGGCAGCUGAACUUCACUGCGCAAUUCCCUUAGUGUCACUCGAAAUCGGCAGUGCGCUAGAGAACAGGAUCGUAGAGUACUACGAAGAUUUAUUUUCUGCCUUACUCACGCCCACAAUAAUAACAGUUAUUCCAUUUUAUUCCCGUAAAGCCUUCAGUCCACAACCAAUAGACAUUGUGAUACGUAGAUAUCAGAGUAUACAAAAAUAGAGCAUUCUCUGUUUUCGUGUCAUAGAGGAACGUUAUACAACCUACUUGCAGGUGCUGGUAAAGGCACCACAAGGACCCGUGGUACGUAGUGCAAAGCCCCCGUCGAAGGGCGCCAACGUACAUUGGAAUUCCACACCACUGCGACCAAGUCCAUGAAUGCCUUAUUGUGAAUGCAGAACCUGACUAAAGAGCUGCAACAGGG